AUGGCGACUUCCAAGAUCGCUCUCGCCAUCUUCGCCGUGGCCAUUUCCAUGGCGGCGGCGGCGACCUCCGCCCAGAACACGCCGCAGGACUUCGUAAACCUCCACAACCGCGCCCGCGCCGCCGACCGCGUCGGCCCGGUGACCUGGGACCCCAAGGUGGCCAGGUUCGCCCAGAGCUACGCGGCGAAGCGCGCGGGGGACUGCCGGCUGCAGCACUCCGGCGGGCCGUACGGGGAGAACAUCUUCUGGGGCUCGGCGGGGCGGGCGUGGAGCGCGGCCGACGCGGUGGCGUCGUGGGUAGGGGAGAAGAAGAACUACCACUACAGCACCAACACGUGCGACCCGGGCAAGGUGUGCGGCCACUACACCCAGGUGGUGUGGCGCAAGUCGGUGCGCAUCGGCUGCGCCCGCGUCGUCUGCGCCGCCAACCGCGGCGUGUUCAUCACCUGCAACUAUGACCCCCCGGGCAACUUCAACGGCGAGCGGCCAUUCCUCACCCUCGACGCCGCGGCGAAGUAGUCGAUCGCACUCGAAAAUGCAUCUUUGCCAAGAGACUUGGAUGGAAAUUUGUACGAGCAUAUAUGUCAGACAUAUGCACGUACUGUACGUGGACACCCGCGGUAGAAUGUUAAUUAGUUAUGUCGCUGCCGCAGUUUCUGUUCGAUGUUUUGUGACUCUGGCUCAACAUUGAUCCAUGGACAAUAAAAAGUGAAUGUGGUUAUAUAUCGUUGUAAGGAGUACUAUGGACAUCUAUAUUUUAUGCCGCGUAAGCCCGAUGUUAGUUUACUUCCACC